CGUCGGCGGAGAGCGGCUGUUAUCCGGACCUGCUUUGUUUGUGGAUGAGGAGCUGCAGCAUCACCGCGUCUCCGAGAUGUGGACUGUAAUGGGAAAAUUACUGUUUUUUCACUUGCUGACGACGGAGCUACACUCAGGGAAAGGGACUGAAGCAGAGUGUGAGGACGGCCAGUUUCAGUGCAAGAACCAGAGAUGCAUCAUGAGCAUCUGGAGGUGCGACGAUGAUGAUGACUGCUCAGACAACAGCGACGAGGAGGACUGCUUGAGGAAGACGUGCGCACCGUCGGAGUUCGCGUGUCAGAACGGGCAGUGUGUACCCGGCCGCUGGCGCUGCGACGGAGAACCCGAGUGUCCGGACGGAUCAGACGAGGCCGAGUCCACAUGCACAGUGAAGCAGACAUGCCCCCCAGAUAAGUUUGACUGUGGAGGGAAGUGUGUGUCGCUGUCGUGGCGGUGCGACGGAGAGAGGGACUGUGAGAACGGAGCAGAUGAGGAAGACUGUGCUGCAGAUGCCCGCGCCUGCCCGAGCGGAGAGUUUCAGUGCAGGAAUCUGAAGUGUCUGGCUCCGGUCUACGUGUGUGACGGUGAUGAUGACUGCGGCGACUCCAGCGAUGAGGAGAAGUGCUCUCCGCCCACCUGUGGUCCUCACGAGUUCCGCUGCAACGCCUCCGAGUGCGUCCCCCAGCCCUGGACCUGCGACGGGGACCCGGACUGCUCUGACGGGUCAGACGAGUGGGCCGAGCGCUGCGGAGACGGAGCCGCGAGACCGGCCACGCCCCCGGGCCGCAGGGCGGAGUGCGGCACUGGAGCUUUCCGCUGUGGGAGUGGGGAGUGCAUCAGACUGGCCUGGAGGUGUGACCGGGACCCGGACUGUAAAGACAAGAGCGACGAGGCGGACUGUCCUCUCCUGACGUGUCGUCCUGAUGAGUUCCAGUGUGGAGACGGGUCCUGCAUCCACGGCAUCAAGCAGUGCAACAAAGCCUUCGACUGCCUGGACCGGAGCGACGAGGCCGGCUGUGUUAAUGCCACAAAGUGUGAAGGUCCCUUGAAGUUCCUCUGCAGAAACGGGGAGUGUAUAGACGGAGCGAAGGUGUGUGAUGACGUGAAGGACUGCAAGGAUCGAUCAGAUGAGCCCAAAAAAGAGUGUGGUUUGAAUGAAUGCAUGUUAAACAAUGGCGGCUGUUCCCAUAUAUGUGUGGACCGACCCAUUGGCUACGAGUGUCAGUGUCCUGCUGGAUAUAAACUCCUGGAUAAAAGGACGUGUGGAGACAUCGACGAGUGUGAGAAUCCAGACGCCUGCAGUCAAAUCUGCAUCAACCUUAAAGGAGACUUCAAGUGCGAGUGUUACCAGGGCUACGAGAUGGACCCAGUGAGCAAGACCUGCAAGGCAGAGGGAAAGAGCCCCUACUUGAUGUUCACCAACAGACAUGAGAUCAGACGCAUCGACCUGGUGAAGAGGGACUACACCCAGGUGGUCCCCACCCAGAAGAACGCCGUGGCCAUGGACGUGGACGUAGCUGCUAACCGCAUGUUCUGGUGUGACCGAUUCCACCGCAAGAUCUACAGUGCUUAUAUCCACGAGGCGAGUGAUCCGUCUCGUCACGUGACGCUGAUCGACUCGGAGCUGCACUCUCCUGAGGGUCUGGCUCUGGACUGGGUUCAGCACAACCUGUACUGGACGGAUUCGGGAGACAGGAGCAUCUCCGUGGCCUCGGCUGACGGCAGCAGGAGGCGAGUUCUUAUCGACACUGAACUCAGUGAACCCAGAGCCAUCGCCGUGGAUCCAGAGCAGGGGUUUAUGUUCUGGUCUGACUGGGGAAUGAGGCCUAAGAUAGAGAAGGCAGGGAUGAACGGAGUGGACCGGCAGGUUCUGGUGUCUGAGGGCAUCGAGUGGCCGAACGGGAUCACGCUGGACGUGGUGGGGAAGCGCUUGUAUUGGGUCGACUCCAAACUCCACCUGAUCUCCAGUGUGGAUUUUAACGGAGCUCAGCGCAGAGUGAUCCUGUCGUCCAACGAAAGACUCGGCCAUCCCUACGCUUUAGCUGUGUUUGAGGACCGAGUGUACUGGACGGACCGGGAGAAGGAGGCGGUCUACAGCGCUAACAGGCUGAGCGGUCUGGACGUGACCAGCCUGGCUGAACAUCUCAAUGACCCACAUGAUAUAGUGGUGUUCCACGAGCUCAGCCAGCCUCAAGCUCCAGACAGCUGUAACCUGGUCAGUGUCAGUAAUGGAGACUGUGCGUUCCUGUGCCUGCGGGCUCCUCAGAUCAGCGAACACUCCCCCAAAUACACCUGCGCCUGUCCCGACGGAGAGGAGCUCAGCCCAGACACCCGGCUGUGUGUCCCAGUCCAAAACGUUACAGCCCCGCCCCCCGGUAACGUUUCCAUGGAGACGGCGAUAGAGGGCGGUGCAGAGCUGUUUCCCCCGGACUCACCUGAGGUUCGAGGCGCAGUGACGUCUCAGUCAGACAGCAUGCCCGAAACGACCCAUCCCACCCCCCUCUCACCAAGCCCCGCCCCCGACGACCCCGCCGGCCCCGUCAACACCUCGGGAGCCACCGCCCAGAGCCCCGCGGUGCUGCUGAUUACUGCCUCAGGAGACCUCAGCAACCUGUCCCAUCACUCUGGUAAUGAUCUUCUUCUCCUGGGUCACAGUCUGACGGUGGCUGUGCUCGGUGUUGUGAUUCCUAUAGUUCCUAUCGUUGCCACAGUGGUGCUGGGGCUGCUGUGCACUGCCGUCUACCUGGUCUACCGCAACUGGAGGCGGAGGAGCACCAAGAGCAUGAACUUCGACAACCCGGUGUACCGCAAGACCACCGGCGACGCCGAGGAGGACGAGAUCCACAUCGGGAGGACCACGGAGGGUCUGCCUGGCCCCCACCAUCACCACCACCACCACCCGUAUCCGGUGCCCGUGGUGGGAGUGGGCGGGGUGGGCGGCAUGAGUGCGGGGGCGCCCUUCAUCGCCCUGCCUCUGGGGAGCGGCAUGCCGGACCCUGCGACGCACUGGUACGCCGAGCAGCCCACCAUGUCCACCGGUACGAAAUGAGGACACGAGUGGACAAGUUACGAGUUACGGACGCUACGAAACAACAGCAGAGUGACGGUUUAGCCUGAAGUGCUGAGACACGGCAGAGCGGAUUGAUCCUAGCGGCACGUCUCGCUUAUUGUGUCUGACCAUAAACAUGAGGAACGACGUCCGGUUCAAUCCGGUUCAGUCCAGUUCAGUCCGGGUUGAGUCGCAUUACUGUGGUCAUUUCACUGAUUAAACUAGCGGUAGUGGCCGUAAAGAUCAGCACCAAGAACAAUGUCUACAUCAGCAACGCCUGCAGCCAUUCCUCCAACCUCCUCCUCAGAUCUUCUCAAGGCCUCUGCAUACUUCCAGCGAAACGAAGUUCGUGAGCUUUGCACGAAUUUGAGCGGGCUUUCACAAGCUUUCUCGCACGCCUCUUUUUUUAUUGACCAAUCACAGGCGUUGUCGUGUAAUGUCUUCGGCCAUGGAGUUCGCACAGCUUUCAUGUGCACGACAAAGUUUUUUUCGACGUCUUUUCAACGUCAACGGCUGUUCUUUUUGUACGUAAUUACAUCACAUUGUUCUGCCCUGAAGCCACGCGAACGCCGUCUCCGCAUGAAGUAUGCCGAGGUCUUCAGCAUCUUCUUUCUUUCCUUUUUCUUUUCUUCCCCUCUUCGUCCGCAGAGCCGUGGCUCUUCAGGCGGGAAGCCGAACUCGGAGCAGCACCUUAGUUCGUGGGACAAUCCGUGGUCAGUGUUAAUGAGUGUCUGAGUGUGUCAGUGAGUGUGAGAUUCUCUGAUCUCUGUUUCUGGAUCUAAAGCCACUCACUUCCUUCCUUCCUUCCUUCUAUCACGUCAUCGGUUGUGAACGUGUACUUGUGUACUUGAAACACUGGUGAAAAAGGUGAAACACUGGUGAAACUGGAUGUCUUCUUUUUUUGUUCUUUUUUUUUGUUUUACACAUUCUCUCACCACCUCUCGCCAUGUGGUACGUCCAGACCUAAGCAGAAGGUGUUCGGGGGAGCUGAAUAGCACUGUGUCUCAUUAGCUUCACGUUAGAGUCGGUGAAGGUUUUUGGACAGAAGAGAGUUUGAUCCAGGGUUGCCAGCUCUUCCAACAAUCUGAGAGCUUGACACUCUCAAAAUCUCAUUCACAUGCAGUUCUCUCACCAACCUUCGUGAAGGAUAGAGGGAAGGGACAAACCGUCCCCCCCAAAAAACAUCACAAAUUCAUGACUCUUCUUCUACUAAAAAUGUGCUGGCAUAUUGUAAGUAGACUGUAAGUACCGUAUUUUUCGGAAUAUAAGGCGCACCUAAAAUCCUUUCUUUUUCUCAAAAAUCGACAGUGUACCUUAUAUAUGAAUUCUAGUUUUGCUUACUGACCUCAAACCGGUGAUUUUAUGUGUGCUGAAUUCCUCACCCCUGCCAGGAAAAGCACCACUCAAGCUCACUUGAAUCAAAAUCUGUGAUAAGAUUAGUUUGUUUAUUUUGACCAAAUAAACUGAAAAAAAAAAAAGAAAUGUCACCUGCACCCCCUCCUAAGAGAGGGUGGCUUUUCUUCUCAGCACCCCACCAUAAAAAGCACCCUCUCUCGGAAAGAAUAUGCAGGUAGCGUUUCUUUUUCAUUGUCUCUUACGAGUCAGCGUAGCUUAAAAUCAUCUUGUGUGUUUCCAUUUUUUGGCCCGUAUUUCUAAGACAUAUUUCUAGACCGGUAAGACAGGGCACUAUUUUUUUUUUUUUUUUAUAAUUUAAUUUCUAAUUUUUCCCAUUUUCUCCCCAAUUUACACAGCCAAUUACCCAACCCAUUCAUUAGGACUUCCACUAGUGAUACCUCAACACACCAGGAGGGUGAAGACUAACACAUGCUUCCUCCGAUACAUGUGAAGUCAGACUCCGCCUCUUUUUGAGCUGCUGCUGAUGCAGCAUUACCGAGCAGCCACACUACGCUGUGCUUUGGAGGAAAGCACAGGCUCGGCUCCGGUACAUCAGCUCACAGACGCCCUGUGCUGCAGACAACACCUUAGGAGUGAUGUGGGGAAAGAGCGCCAUCUACCCACCCAGAGGGAGCAGGGCCAAUUUUGCUCCCUCUAACGCCGGCAGCUUGAUAGCAAAGCUGCAUGAGCUGGGGUUCGAACCUGCGACCUCCUGCUCAUAGUGGCAGCGCUUUAGACCACUGGACCACUCGGCCACAGGGCACUAUUAACUAGUGAUUUAUUUAACGUAGCUUGUUGUAACUUGGUUAACACGCAGACUACAGUCCGACAUAGCAGAGAAAGAGCUAGCGCUAUGGUUAGCAGCUAAUGCUAAUGCUAUUGCUGGAGAAACUUAAUUGAAAACUUAUCCUUAUAACGCUGUACUUCGGCAAAUGCUUUACUGCUCCUUAACAUCUGACUGGUAGAAUUUAUACAUAAGGAGCACCGGAUUAUAAGAUGCACUGUUGAUUUUUGGGAGAAUUAAAGGAUUUUAAGUGCACCUUUAAGUGCAAAAAUACAGUAAUUAUUUUUAAAGCGUCUUCUGGGGACUUUUUCAUGGUUUAAUGUCCACAGAUACACACAUACUGAAGACUAGAAAGUGUAAGUCAGGUGAUUUUUAGAAACAGUGUAAUCUCAGAGUUGGCAGCUCUGCUUCAACCACUCUUCUCGUUUGUUAAUGGAAAGUUCCAGGUACUAAUUUACCCAGUUUAUGGGAAACAAUAACAACACAAACGUGUGUACCUCAUGCGUGGAGAGAAGUGUGCGGUAUUGUCUCAGGGAGAUGGAACGCUGUGUGUGUAUGAGAGAGAGUGUGUGUGUGUGUGCUGUGACUGUACAUUAAUGGCAUAAGAGUGUGUAUUGUGACACUGGAAGGCAUGAGAACAGCUGUGAAGCAUGACGUAAAUAUAACCUGACGUAAAAAAAUAUAAUCUACCACCUCUGUCUACUUUAUGUUCAAACACACAGGAAGAAUGAAGUUGCCACAUAUUAGCAAUAUGUUACGUUCUUCUUAUUUAAAGAGGAAUUCCACCUAAUUAAAUACACUUUAAAUAAAGAAACUGAUUCAUAAUAAAUGGUAUUACUUUUCUUGGGUGGUCCACUAUAGAUGGAUAAACCCUCUGAUUUUAGCUAACUCCAAUGCAAAAAACAAAAAUGGAAGAGGUAGAUUGGGAGAAGCACUGAGUGAUGUAUGGGUUUAGGGGCGGGUCAGGAAGAAAAGCUGAUUGGGCUCAACCAUAAACCAUGUUCACCUUAAACCCUUAAACACGUAUUUAAAAAAAUAGGUGGAUUUUCUUUUUCCUUUUAUGGUUUGUAAUACAGUAUUAAUAUUGUUGUAAAUAUAGUAAAGCGAGUAGCUGGUCUACAUUAGAACUCUACAGAACACUCUGCAGGAUUUCUUCUUUAGUUAUUUUUCCCAAGAUAAGAUAAAAAGCCCUGAAAAGCCCUGAAAACCCUUUGCUCUGUCACGUCCUCUUCAGUAUAUCCCAUAAUAACAUUACCUCACUGAUGAGGAUCAGAAUCAGGGUUCCUCCACACAUCUGAGAAGCGGAGGGUGAGACCUGGAUAAGGAAGUGUGUGUAUAUGUGUGUGUGUGUGUGUGUAAGAGAGAGAGAGUGUGUGUGUGUGUUUGUGAAGUUUGUAGAUACGUUUUCAUACGGAUACUUUUUGAUACACUCCAAUGUAAAAAGGAUGUACAUAAGAUUUUAGACGACACUGUUGAUCAUGGAUUAAUUUAUUUGUAUAAAAUAAUAAAAUGAAGAAUUUAUCUUCUGCCAAAGUGUUUUUAGUGUUUCUGUUUUGGUUCUCAUCACCGCGUGUUCUGAAUAUCUCACUGCGUUCUGCGUUAUUUUAUCACGGUUUGUUUUGUGCCUUGUUUGCUUUAGUUUCUCCACUCAGCAGCUGCGCAGGAGUUCUUUGCAUUUAUAUGAAAUGUUGGUAAAAUGUCUCCCGCUGUGUGUUGUUAUAAACUGCGUUUGAAACCA